AUGCAUGUCUCGAUCGUGGACAAACUCGCCAGCCUUCGACAGGGCAUUCCCGUCCUCAGACUAGACUACCGCUACCCUGCCGAUAACAUGCCUUGCGUGGAAGAUGUGACGGCGGCAAUGGACCAUCUGGAUCAGAAUUAUUCUAUUCGCAAGUUCGUCUUGGUUGGCUGGUCACUCGGAGGCGCACCAGUCUUCACGGUGAGUGGGCGAGAGAAAGGGCGCGCGACAGUUGCAAGCCGAACGGCAAAGACUGGCGGGAUCAGGCAACUGAGCCCCAGGCAUCUUCUCUUGCUCCAUGGUACCGGCGAUCGGACGUUGAGCUGGUAUUGUUCCCAGAAUCUUUACGAAUUAUAUGGCGCGAAAGGGCAUCGGCAGUUGAAGCUCUUCGAGGGAGAUGAUCACGCGUUAACAUUAAAUGCGCUUAAGGCAGAGGAACUCCUGUGCGACUUCAUUGUGAAGUGCGCUGGGGUGAAGAUAGAUGACAAUCAGGAGGAGAAGGUCAUCCAGAAGCCAUGGUUGGACAGCAAGGAAAGGGUAGAACUGAUGAAGAAGGGCGGAGACCUCGAGGGUGAGAGCGUCGAGUAG